AAACGGGAAAAAUCAAUCUUUUGGGGAAAAUGAAGAUAUGUGGACCCAAGUAUGCCCUAUGUGGUUUGAUAUUAUCUACCUGGGGUAUAUUUCAGUUAUUCCUGAUGGGAAUAUUCUUUUAUGUUAAAAGCGUGGCUUUAGUAGAAGAUCUUCCAUUGGAGGGUACAUUUGAGGACUCUGAUCACUUUUACCGUGAAGCAGACAGGAGCUACACACAGAAUGCAUACAAUUGUUGGAUUGCAGCAUGUAUUUAUGUUCUCACAUUCCUGUUUUCAGGACAUCAAUUUUAUAUAAAUUCAAGAUCAUCUCUUAGCGUUUGAGAAAAUAUUGUUAGUAUAUUAAACAAAAUAAAAAAUAUGUAUAGGUCUAUAAAUUACUAUUGUAUUAUAAACAUUAUGUUCAGAAGUAUUCUAUAUUAUAUUCAAUGAUAUAGUAUUAAUAUUAAGAAAAGAUAAUAAUAUUAGUCAUAUAGAAAUAUUGCUUGAUGCAUUAAAUUCACUUGAUAUUAUAAUAUACAUGUGUCUAAACUUUUAAAUAUCAUAUAGUUCAUAAACACAAUGUAGAUUUAAUGUUAGAUACCUUAGUAUCUAUAGAAUAUAAGAUUAAACGUUAUCUGUUAUAAUAAAAUGUAAAUAUAAAAAUAUGAGCAUUAAAAUAUCAUUAUGAAAAGUUA